AUGAGGAAGGAACCAGAGGAUGAAGGAACAAGAGUAGGAAGCAACCAGAUGAGGAAGCAACCAGAGGAGGAAGCAACCAGAGGAGGAAGCAACCAGAUGAGGAAGCAACCAGAGGAGGAAGCAACCAGAGGAGGAAGCAACCAGAGGAGGAAGCAACCAGAUGAGGAAGCAACCAGCGGAGGAAGGAACCAGAGGCAGAAGGAACCAGAGGAGGAAGGAACAAGAGUCAAAAUCAGAGCAGUCUCCGGCGAACGACGAGAGGAAUCCAAUGGAAAACUCCAGCGCGAUAGAACCGCCGCCUCCUCAGAAGAGCUCGGGGGCAGCGUCGGCUCUGAGUGA